GUCGGUGUUUUAAAACCGAAUUUAGGUUGUUAAAAAAAAAAAAAAAGACGAGCAAAAGGGCGCGGAGGUUAUGUGUUUCUUUCUACGCUCGACAUGUUGGCUUUACUCCGCCGCUUUCAAGACGUUUCCUCCGAGAAAGUUUCUCUGCGUCUUUAAUGGAAGCGAGAAAAGUUUGAAACGUGGCUGAAAUGCCGAGCUCCUCCGCCCGCUGCUGCUGCCGCCGCUGCGGCCGCAGCCACCACCGCCGUGCCGCAGGGGAUCAGACCCGAGUUGGAAACACUGUAACUCAUUUUCAGAGGCAUUAAAGGCAACAUUUGUCCAGUAUGUUUUCAUAAAAGGGACAAAAUAAAAAUAAGGGUUAUUGUUUUUUUUCUUUUCUUCUUCCGAGCGAGGCUCUCUUCUGAUCCCGCCCGCCUGGAUAUCACGAGUCGCUGGUGUAAUGUGUUUUCCUGCAGCCUUUGAAGGUCAGCAGUAUGGCUGAGAAGGAGUCCGAAUCGCCUGGGAAACUAAAGACACUAUUAUAGCCAGAAUUGGCUUUUAUUAUUAUUAUUUUUUACAUUUUCCGGGACCUAUCCGAACGGACGCAUUUUUCUGCAACAACUUUCCCAUCUGUGGAUAAUGGAUGGCAGAGAUUUCGGUCCUCCUCGAUCCGUCCACGUCCCCCCGCCGCUGUUGGCGGGGCUCGCCAUGGAGUCUCACCGACUCGGAGCAGCGGCGGCGGCCGGGAGGAUCCCUCCCUCGCCCGGCCACUUGGGCGCGAGCCACCCGCCGCCUCUCCACUCCGGGAAAUUUCUCCCAUCGGCCAUUAACCUACAUUCACACCACAGCGAGGCCUUCCCUACAGGCUCCAGUCCCUUCCUGUCAGGUUACCCAGGCCCCUCCUCAUUGACCUCUGACCCUGCGUACAGGUCGGCCAAUCCCAGUGGUCUGCAGAUGGCUCAGCUCUGGGCGUCGCACGCUCACGAAGGCUACCCUCCCCUCCCAAGCAGCCUUUACUCCAGUCCCUACUUGUCUCUGGGCCGCCUGGAGACGUCCUCGCUCUCCCAACAUCCUCUCUAUGAUCCUCACAAAGACGGAUAUUUCCUGACGUCCUCACUGAGCCAAUCACCUCUGCACCCUCCGUCUGCGUCCUCGGCCGUCCCUUCCAGCUCUACGCCUCCCCAGAGGACAUCCCGGGACGGGAUCAGGGACAGGACGUAUCGGACAGAGAGGGACAAGGAGAGGGAGCGUCUGCGCGAAGAGCCACGGCCGCACAGCGUGGUGGAUCUGACGCAGGAGACGCGAGGCGAGGACGACCGCAAGGCGAGCAGAGAUCGGGACCGAGACAAGGACCAUGAGACGGACAAAGACAGAGAGAGGGACGCUUGGUCCUUUCACCCUCACCAGCAAAAGUUACACUCCUCCCACCCUUUGGCUGUGGAGACCCGACCCAGACUGUCGCCUCCUCAACCCUCGUUCCCUCUCAGUGAGGGCCGGUUCCUCGGUUCGGAGAAAGACCGAAGGGGUCGGGAAGAGGAGGGCGCUUCUCGGCCCCACCACAGCCACAACUCCAACUCCAACAACUCCAACUCUCCUUCCGAGCGGCAGCGGAGGAACGAGUCCAUGGCCACGGCGGCCGGGACUCUGCAGGUCUCCUACGUCCUCCCCCCUCCGUUACAGCAGCCCAGCGCCUGUCUUCCCCACCUCCCCACGCCCAGAGAACAGCGAGUCAGCGCGCCCACGUAUGUGCCUUCUGUGGAGGUUUACGACGAGCGGGUAGGGCCCAUCCAGAUCGCCUCUCAGGCCCGGGACAACAAACACAGAGACAGAGAGCUGGAACGAGACAGAGACAGGGACAGGGAUAGGGACAGGCUUGAACGAGACAGAGACAGGGACAGAGACAGAGACAGGGAGAGCUACAGGUUUCAUGAGAAAAGCCUCAUGGAACAUCCUCGGCUCUCCCAGUCAAGCGAAACGACCAAUCAGAGAGAGGAAGGUUCUGUCAUUUGCUCCAACGGUUCUCUCAGUAAACGAAACCAGGACGCGUCUUUCUCCUCAGGCCGAUCCCGCUUCAGUCCAGAAACCAGGGACCUCUCCAAACACUCGCUCAGAGUCGGCAUCGGGUCGGAAUCUAAGUGGAACGCCAUGACACCGUCAGCCAACUACGCCACCAAUCACAUGGCUGCCUUGGCGGCCCAGCACGGACACAAUCUCUCCGCUCCCCACAGCCAGCCGUCGCAGACGCAGAAGUCCGGUUCCCCUCACUCGUCGCAUCGACCCAACAGCUUGCAGUCCUCCCACAGUCACUCGCCACAAACGCACGGACAUGGGCGCACGGCCGAGGAGGGCAGCCAGAGGCGCUACCUGGACCAGUCGGGGCUUUUUCGGCCCGCAGUGUCCACCGAUUCGGAUUCGGCGGAGGUUUCUGCCAUGCAGAGUUUGAUUAAAUACAGCGGAAACUUUGCCGCCGAGGGGCCCACGUCUUCCAGGCACAUCAUCGAUGGGAGGGGGCCUUUCGGCGGACUGGGGAACAUCGGGACGGGUGGCGAGAGGGAAAAGGAAAGGGAGCGGGACAAGGAACGAGCACUGAAGGUCCCUCCUCAGCUGAAGAGGGAGCAGGAGCGGCCGGACAGCGCCCGCUCCUUCGGCAGAGAGGGGGAGGGCGAGGUGCGACACCCGCCCGUCGGGAUCGCCGUCGCUGUGGCGCGGCAGAGAGACAGCGGGAGCUCCAAUAAGCAAACCAGCGGAGGCUCCGACACACAGAGGCCCCUGCUGCAAACGGCCAUCAAAGACGAGGAUCGAGGGGAAGAGCGCGCUCGCCACCACGAUGACCGACUGCUGGCCGGCCGGCUGGAGCGAGAGCAAGAGAAAGUCAUCAGAGAGUCCAAGAAUCACCCCGAGUUCACUCAGAUGGGCCCCGGCCCGCUGUCUGGCGGCCUGACACCCAGCAUGAUGACGCCCAGCCUCAUGACCCCCAACCUCAUGGUCACAGGAGGGGCUGCUCUCGCAGGGGCAGGGCGGUGGCCUCCUGACCCCUCCACCCUGACCUCUCACCCCUGGAUGCCCCGGCCCGGAGCCCCUCCAGUCUGGCUCUCCGGCUCUCCUUACGGCCUGGGUCCCUCCCCGCUCCACCAGACCCUCCCCCCGGGCUACCCGCCCUCCCUGCCGGGCUCCAUGCCUCCUCCCUACCAGUUCGCCAGGGACCCGCAGUCUGGCCAGCUAAUCGUCAUCCCUACUGAACACCUGCCGCAUUACGCAGGAGGCGACGUGCUGGAGCGCGGAGCCCCGGUGUGGCCGAGCGUGUACGGGCCGAGCAGCUCGCUGCAGCACGCGGCGCAGCUGCAGCUGCUCUCCCAGCAUCAGAUGCUGCGGCAGCAGGAGCUGUUCAUGAUCCAGCAGCACACGGCGCAGGUCCUGGAGCUGCAGAGGAACGCGCAGAUCGUUGAGCGCCUGAAGGCCAGUGAGCACCGGCCGGAGAUCGAAGACAAAGUCGACAAGCGGAACGCCGACCCAAAAACCCGACCCUCCUCCAUAUCCUCGCCGUCGCCCUCACCUGUACUGCAUCCUCGCAAGCCCCCUCUUCCCUCCCGAUCCCCGACGCCGUCUACGUCCUCCCUCACCCCUCUGCCUCCGACCCCCUCCCCGGUGACCACCCUCAAGUCGGAGGAGGGAGGACACAGAGUCCUGUCUCACGUGCCGAAGCUCCUGCCUCACCCGACGUCGCCGCGCUCGGCCUCCCCUCCUCCGUCCUCGCCGCGGCGACCCAAACAGGAGGAGGGCGAGGCAGGAGUGAGGGAGCAGAGGAAAAAGUCAACCUCUGCACCCUUUGAAGGCAUCUACUCUGAUCUGUCUCCAGGUUACCCUUACCAAUCCAUCACUGCGCCGUUCGGAUCCUUCCCGCCUUAUCACGUCCCGGCAUCGGCAGCUGAAAACCUGGAGGCACAUCGAUCCUGCUCUCCCGCUGUUGCUGAUCCUUUAGCUUCGUCUCACCACCACUCCAGGCUUUUGGAUGCAGAGAUCAAGCCCCAGAGCCUGGAGCCCCCGAAGGUGGGGUCUUUCCUUAAACGGGAGCCCUGCGAGGAGCACCCUCAGCCAGAUCUGAGCCGCACCACCGACCGGGCCGCCAAGGAUGACGAGGUGGACGGGCAAGCCCCAAAAACCCCCAGUCCUCCCAUUCCACCAGGUGAAAACCAGCGAGAAGUGGGGAAGGAAGAGAAGAACGACUGCGAGAUUAAAACGGAAACAUCGACUAACGCCUGUCAGGCGGUGAAGGCUUCACCUCCUGCUCCUGCAGAAGAUGAGCCCAAACCAGAACUUAUUCGGGAAGCAGAGUUGGCACCAUAUCACCAAUCCAUCUCUGCUGAGUCAGACAAUCAAGAAGCGCCUCAGUUGUGCAUGUCGUCAGACCAGACAGCCGUGUGCGAACAGGAACCGCCCAACGACGCAUCCGACUCCUUCCCUCCCCGCCUGGAGGAAAGUACCUGCGAGCCUCCCAUCCUCGACUCCCCGCUCCCRCUGCUCAUCAGCUCAGAGGACCCCAUGGGGGGCAUGCUGGCCCUGCUGACAGCCAGCGAGUUGGCCCAAGCCCAGCCCAGAACCCCACCCACCCUGACGCUCGAAGGCCAUGUGGAGGACCCCACCUUUGCCUCCGCCUGCAGCAGCGCCGCUUCUCUGGAGAUGGUGGCUCUGGAAGGCAUGGCCCUCCUCAGCCAGAUGGCUCAAAACGAGGCGGAGCUCGUUUUCCACACGCAAGAUCUCACAUUAGAUAGUCUGGACUGUCUUCUUGAAGCGAGCAGACACGUUCUACUAGAGGCAAUAGAAAAGCAGUCCCACAUCGAUCUGCCAAGAACUCUGGACCCUGACAAGAAGUACAGCUGGAGGCAGAGGAAGGAAGAGCCGCUGUACAGCAAGAUGGCGGUGGACAUGUUGGACGCCGUGGAGGUGGAAUACCGCGUCCGCCUGGCCGAGUUGCAGAAGACGUACAAGGAGAAGCAAAGGGAGAUGAGCAAACUGCAGCGGCGCAGGGACAAGAGAGAGAGGCAGCAGCAGCAGGAGGACGAGAGGAGGAGUCUGACCAGGCGUGGCAGAGGAAGACCCAGGAAAAGGAAACAUCUGCCCACACCUACCAAACAGGACAGCAGGCCUGGAAAGGCGGGUCGAACAGUGCAAUACUCUGAGGACUCUGAAGGCGGGGAUGGACAGAGGAAGAGGUUCCGACUGUCCAGAGACGACGAGGACAUGGAAACCGGAACUGGAGGAGAGAAGAAGAAGAAGAAAAAGAAGAAAAAGAGCUGGAAUGACCAGGAGCCGUCCAGCGCUCACGUUCUCGAGGCCAUGAAAGCGAAGCGCGGUCACCUGUGCGAGCAGGAGCAGCUGGCCUCCGACCUCGACAGGGCGCUGUCGCUCUCACAGCUCGGCUCCCUCAGCGGCCCUCGCAAGCUCACCUCUGGCUCCAGGUCGGACAAGUCAAAGGGCCGAUACUCGGAAAGUGGACUGAAGGAGCGAGGCGCUCACUCCUCCGUCAAAGCCGGGAAGCUCAAGAUGGCCGCCAAAGCUUCAGCCGCUGAGACUAUCCGAAAGGGGAAAGGUCAGAAGAAGUCCAUGUUUUCUCCGGUGAGGUCGGAGAUCAGCAGCUGCUCCAACAAUUCAGACUCGGAGGAGCUCGUCUCUUCUCGAGGGGGCUGGCCUCCUCACUCGGGGACACGUCCCCAUGACGGCUCGUCCAGAAAGAGGCGCUCGGCAGCGUCGCCCACCUCCCUGCUGCCCAGCCAGAAAUCGUCAAGGAAGAAACACAAGCACUUAUCCCUGCUGCUGGAGGAGGCGGGCCUCAKCUCCGACGACGACUCCUUCGACCAAGAGACCUCAGAGGAUGAAGAAGAGGAUGAGUCGGAUUCGGACGACGAUGACGAGGACGAUGAUGGUGACGAUGGCGGCUGUGAGGAGAGCGGACUGGGUCUGCUGGCCAGGUUUGCGGCCAGCGCCCUCCCCGUCAGCCCGCCCCCGUUGAGCCUCCUCCAUGAUGGGAAACACUGCAGCAGCAGGCAGAGCACGCUGGGUUCGCCAGAGUGCGAGUGGUCCGAUUCCGGCUCGGACUUGAGGCAGAGGAAGUUCCCCUCCCUGCUGCACGGGCGGCGCUCCGCCCCCGAGCUGCCCCUCCUGCCGCCGGCGACCCGCCGAGGCGACCAGCCCAGCCCCACCAAGCGAGACGAAGCGCUGCCGGCCAAGCGAAAGCCUCUGACGAAAGCCCGCCCCUCGCCUCGAUCUCCGCGGAGAUUCAGCUUCGACCUCUCCGCCGGCGUCGGGGGCUUCAGCGAGGACGAGGGCUGGAACCGGCGGCGCAGCGAGCGGAUCUUCCUCCACGACGCCAGUCAGAUGUCAGUGUCGACGUCUUCAUCCACCAGCCAGAGCUCCACGUCCUCCACCUCGGCUCCGCCUCUCACCCCGAAGCCGUCCUCCAAACCGAAAACCACUCCAGCGGUCCGAGAGGGAAAAGACGCGAUAAAAAAAAAGAAGCAAAAGGAUCCAUCUGUGCCGGUCAGCCCGUCCACUUUGUGCAGUCCGGUCUCUGAUGGGCCAGCGCCUCUAAGCCCGGCGCAUAAAAGCCAAUCUAAAGGCAAAAACAAAGCAAGAGAGCCAUCCAGGGGCGCCGUGAGUCGGCUGAUGGAGAGCAUGGCGGCGGACGAAGACUUCGAGCCGAACCAGGACAGCAGCUUCAGCGAAGACGAGCUCCUCCCGCCACGAAAAAACAGCAGCGUCUCCGAGAGGUCAUCCACACCCGCUCCGGUGCAGUGCGUGUUGGAUAAGGACUCCCUGGUGGACGGACUCAGAGUUCUAAUCCCGAUGGACGACCARCUUCUCUACGCAGGACACGUCAACACCGUGCACUCCCCUGACAUAUACAGCGUGGUGGUGGAGGGGGAGCGAGGCAACCGACCGCACAUCUACUGCUUGGAACAGCUGYUGCAGGAAGCUAUAAUCGAUGUAAAGCCUCCGUCCGUGCGCUACCUCCCAGAGGGCACCCGGAUCGCCGCCUACUGGAGCCAGCAGUACCGCUGCCUUUACCCGGGAACCGUCGUCAACGGAAGCUCAGACAUCGAUGAGAAGGACGAUCUGAUCACAGUCGAGUUUGACGACGGCGACACAGGACGCAUCCCGCUCUCCCACAUCAGGCUGCUGCCGCCGGACUACAAGAUCCACUGUGCAGAGCCGUCCCCUGCGCUGCUCGUGGCCGGCCCGUCCAGGAGGAGAGUGCGCAAAUGCAGCAAGGAGGCGGGAGCAAAGCCAGAGGAGACCACACCCAGGAUCAAAGGGAAACCGGGUCGCAAGCCAAAACCCAAACCAGACGCCUCCAUAAAUCAAGACGGUCGAGAGAAAGCUGAUCCUCUCCCCUCCUCCGCCCAGUCCGCCGAGAGACCCCCAGCUCCAGCAAAACCGGCCCAGGACAGAACCUCCUCUGUCCAGAAACCUGCUCAGGAAAAGCCSCGCCCUGCGUCCCGACCCGCCAUGGCCACGCCAUCCAAACCCGACCGGAAGAACUCCAGUGCUUCCUCCGCGAGCAGCCCCACUSUCCCCAGUCCGGUGUCCCGGAAGAGUGGCUCGGCCCAGUCUCCCGUCUCCAAGCCGUCCCGGGUCCUCCCCUCUUCUCUCUAUCCCUCCACGUACGGAAAGGUUCUGACGGUGGAUCUGUACAGCGAGCCCAAUUUGACCUCUUACACCAUCCAGCGGCGAGACAGAGAGAGCAGCAGCUCCAUCAGCCCCACCGCCAGCAGGCCGAGGCAUUCCAUCACCGUUUCCUCCUCUGCACCCAAACCCGCUGCUACRUCCACACCCAGACCUGCCUCCGUCUCCUCGUCCAAAAUGAAAUCGGACCAUCAGAGCAGAUCCGGCCUYGGCUCCGGACUGAUCCCCAGCCCCAUCUCUAGGCUGCCGACCGGCAAACCCAGUUCGUCGCUGACCCCCAGACMGUCAUCUGYGUCACUGACGCCAGCUGGCACGCCCAAACCCAAACUGAAGAUCCCAUCAUCUUCAGACCACAUGUCCUCCAGAGCCAUGUCCAGGUCCAAGCCCGUUUCCGGACAGAGGAAGUCCUUGUCCGCAGAGCCCCUCGUCAAGCUGGACCACGAAGGCGUCACUUCCCCGAAAACCAAAAAGACCAAGGCUUUGAUGUUGCUAGAGGGCCGCGACAUCAGGCGAGACCACGCCCCUAUCGCCACUUCCUCGGCCAACCAGAAGCUACUGAAGGCGAAGAUGAGAGGCCCGGAGAGGGCGACCAGCCUGCCUGAGAGGGAGUCUGCCUACAAGACCUCCAUCCUGGCCAAGGACCAGCUGGAGAGUCAGGGGAGUGGAGGCAGAGGACAGGAGGUGGACUCUAGAGACGAGAAGGCUAAAAAAGAGGAACGAAAGGAGCUGGAGAAGAGGGAGGAGAGAAAGAUAAAGGAGGAGUCUCAGAGUAGCAGCAGCUCCGAGUCAGAGGAAGAAGGUCAAAAUGGGAAGGUGAAGAAGAAGAAAUGCACCUCUAGCUGCUCGUCCUCUUCUUCGUCCUGCUCUGGCUCCUCCUCCUCCUCAUCUUCUUCGUCGUCCUCAUCAUCCUCGUCGUCGACCGAUGACUCGUCCUGUAGCUCAGAUGAGGAGAGGACCCCUACGCCGCCGCCCGGACCCCUCCAGAAAACUCCUACACAGGACAAACCUAAAGACAACAUCAAAGAGGAAAAGGUGGAGGAGGAGGAGGAGGCGAAAGAAGAGGUGGAAAUCAAAAUGGAGGAGGAAGAGUUAUCUCCUCACUCAGACUCUCCCUCACCAUCAAGUCCUCCAGCCACUCCAGCUCCCAGUAAACCGACAAAGCCCACCACGGGGAAGGGYUCCGGACAGAGGGGCCGUCCACCGAAACCGAAGCCGAGCGGGGGAGAGGGGAAGGCGGGGAGGCCCAAGAGGAGAGAGGGGGUCCACCUGCCCACGACCAAGGAGCUGGCUAAACGUCAGAGGCUGCCCAGUGUGGAGAACAGACCCAAGAUCUCUGCCUUCCUCCCGGCCAGACAGCUCUGGAAGUGGUUCGGGAAACCCACUCAGAGACGCGGCAUGAAGGGGAAAGCCAAGAAGCUCUUCUACAAGGCCAUCAUGCGUGGCCGAGAGAUGAUCCGCAUCGGGGACUGCGCCGUGUUCCUGUCUGCCGGYCGGCCCAACUUGCCCUUCAUCGGCCGCAUCCAGAGCAUGUGGGAGUCCUGGGGCAGCAACAUGGUGGUCCGGGUCAACUGGUUCUACCAUCCAGAGGAGACGAACCCUGGCAAGAAACUCACCGAUAAGAAGAACUGGGAUCAGAUGUGCGGUCAGUCUUUACCAGCAGCUCUGCACUCUUCCAUCCAGAGGAAAGACUUCAUGGAGCGCGCCCUGUACCAGUCGUCUCACAGCGAUGAGAACGACGUGCAGACCAUCAGCCACAAGUGUUUGGUGGUGAGCGUGGAGGAGUACGAGCAGAUGAUCCACACUCGCCGCUACGCCGACAGCGAGGACCUCUACUACCUGGCCGGCACCUACGAACCCACGACCGGAAUGAUCUUCAACACGGACGGCGUUCCGGUCAUCUGCUAGACGAGCUACUGAAAACCAAAUCACGACACAACCUCAUGGGGAGUUCGGCCCAAUCUGUGGUCUGAUCACUGAUGUUAAUGUUUCUUUUGUUUUGUUUUGUUUUCUGAAUUGGAACCGUGACUCCAUGAACUGAACUGCUCCCAUACCAUGAUACACUUAAAAAAAGAGAGACUGUCGAGGAUAGCUCUGACUACGGAGAUGGGAAACACUACAGACAGUAUUAAAAUAAAAAAAAUGUAAAAGAAGAAAGGAAAAAAAAAUGGAUCGGUCUCCUGAAGCAUUUGCACACACAGACGUUGUUAUCCCAUCUGUUCAUGGGGUUAAAGGCAUGAAUACUUCCUAUUGCGUGUAAAUAUCUCCCCUGCAGAAACAGACACAUACUGUAUGUAUGCUCACAACGUGCACAAACACAAUGUAAAUACUUCCCCUCAUGUAAGAGACGCAGGUAUCUAGAGGAAAAUCUAGUUGUUUUAUUUUCGUGUGAUAGAUUUAUGUCAGAGUACUUUUUUUCUGAAGAGGUAAACAGUAAAGAAGCUUUAACGAACUGUGAAUGAUGAAACAGGAGGGGGGCACAUGCCUGUUCGCCCUGUGUGGGUGGUGGGGUAAAGCUGGUGUGAUGUUGUGAUUAUGACGUUCCCGUGGUGAUGUUACAGUCCUGUUACAGUCAUAUAAAUGUGUGUACAGAACAGCAGGAGCAACAGACGCAAAGAAAGAAAUGCACAGAGACGAGAGGUAGACUCCUACCGUUGCAAUCCAACAGAAAGCACUUAGAAACACUUAAAAGUCUCGUUUCCUGAUUUUUAUCCCCCCUGCAAAUCCCCCGCCGUCCUCCUGACAAUCGGAACUCAGGGCAAAGCGUCCCUGCGCUGUUGAAAUUUGACUCYCUCGUUAACUCAGGCUAAGGAGAGGAAGAGAUGCAUCUAUGAAAGCACUUCUCUUUUUUGGGGGCGGCGGGGGAGUUCCACACUGAAACACACCAUGAAAGGAAACCAGCUGCAGUCUGAGGAUCUUCUGUCACAUUUGCCCGUUUUACACCCACAUUCAGCAUCGUGUUUCUGCACUGCUGUAAAUGAGUAGGCAUGGGUCGGUAUCAGAUUCUUCUUGUUUAACCUUGAGUAGAU